AUGUUGGUCCAGCCCUGUGUAGGUCUCCACCAGUUGACCAGCCCCAGGUUCAAGUUCAACUUCAUCGCCGACGUCGUGGAGAAGAUUGCUCCGGCCGUGGUCCACAUCGACCUCUUCCUCAGACACCCGCUGUUUGGCAAUAACGCGCCACUGAGCAGUGGCUCGGGCUUCAUCAUGUCCGAGACCGGCUUGAUCGUCACCAACGCCCACGUGGUGUCCAGCGCCAACACUGUCUCGGGCCGGCAGCAGCUCAAGGUGCAGCUGCAGAGCGGGGACUCGUACGAGGCCAGCAUCAAGGACAUUGAUACGACGUCUGACAUCGCCACCAUUAAGAUCCACCCCAAGAAAAAGCUGCCCGUGUUGCUGCUGGGGCGCUCGGCCGACCUGCGGCCUGGAGAGUUCGUGGUGGCCAUCGGCAGCCCCUUCGCCCUGCAGAACACCGUGACCACCGGCAUCGUGAGCACCACGCAGCGGGACGGCAAGCAGCUGGGGCUCCACCACUCCGACAUGGACUACAUCCAGACGGACGCCAUCAUCAACUACGGGAACUCCGGGGGACCGCUGGUGAACCUGGACGGCGAGGUCAUCGGCAUCAAUACGCUCAAGGUCACAGCCGGCAUCUCCUUCGCCAUCCCGUCCGACCGCAUCGCGCGCUUCCUCGAAGAGUUCCAGGACAAGAGCGCCAAAGACUGGAAGAAGCGCUUCAUUGGCUUGCGGAUGAGAACCAUCACUCCGAGUUUGGUGGAAGAGCUGAAGGCCAGCAACCCCGACUUCCCAUCCGUCAGCAGCGGCAUUUAUGUGCAAGAGGUGGCCCCGAACUCACCUUCUCAGAGGGGAGGCAUCCAAGAUGGCGAUGUCAUCGUCAGAGUGAACGGGCGUGCUCUGUUGGACUCAAGCGAGCUGCAGGAGGCCGUGCUGACCGAGUCCCCGCUCCUGCUGGAGGUGCGGCGGGGGAACGAUGACCUGCUCUUCAACAUCUCUCCCGAAGUGGUGAUGUGACGCGGGGCCGCCUCCCGCCCGUGCCCGUCAUGGAGCCCGGGGUGCCACGGCUGCGGCCUCCCCAGGCUCAGGACGAAGGACCCCGGGGGUCCUCGGCGGGACCUCCUCCCUGGCCAGGGGCAGAGCAGAGGUUGGGCCCGGCCAGGGGUCUGCGUCUCCACCCGGCCCUAGUGCUGGUGCCAGUGCCGAUGAGGAACGCCCAGCGUCAGCCCCUGGUCCGACGCUCCUGGUGCUGCCGUUGCUGGGCCUCUAGAAAGUUCUGCAGUUCCCCUCGGGGCAUGACAGGGGCUGCCUGCCCAGCCUCCCAGAAUCUCUGAAGGACAGACCAUGUAGAGAAGAUCCCGUGAAGAGCGGGCCCUGCAGGCUGCUCUGGAGCAGGUGCCGGAGGCGCCCACACUGAGCCAGGCUUGUGCCCGCCAGCUGGCCGGCAGCCACGGGGAGCAGGGCCUCCUGCCCAGGUGACUGGGAGCUGCCCGGUGCCAAGACGGAGCCGUCAGCCCCUCCUCCACACAGCUGGGGUGCAGCAGCCACCCCAUCCCAGCCCCACUGCCAGAAGCCGCGGCCCUCCCGGGCACCUGCCCUCCGACAUGUUUCCAGGUGUAUUUAGGAGCUUGGCUGUAAGAUCACCUGCAGUGCUGCGUGUACUGUACGUUUGUCUACUGUGUGGAAUUAAA